AUGGUAGCCACGCCCACAACCCCCCGAAAAGCUGCCGCCGACCCAGACGAUAACAUCCCAUGCAAGACGCCCUCACCGCGCUCGUCAGCCUCGCAGGCACCCCCGAACCCCCGACACAACGAGGAGGAAGGCACGCCGCGGGUAAACCCCCAUGCGAACGUGUCGAGCCACCCCUUCAAAGGGUUCGGGCUCAAGUUCAUGAAGAAGGCUGGCGGCGGCGGUCACGGCGACGACCUUGACGACCGGCUCCACAGGAAGACCAAGGAGCAGAUGGAGCGGGCAAAGAAGCUGGACCUGGGCCCUGCGCUGGGCCCGCAUGAUACGGUCAAUGUGCGCGAGCGGGUCAGGAAGUGGCAGGCGGCCGGGGGGGGCGUUGUGAAUGGGGACCCUGUUGAGAUGCCGCCGAUCAUGCCGGCGACACCGUCGCCUCCGGCACCAAGGAAGAGGGGCUUGUCGACUGCGACGGCUGAGACGGAUCAUUCGCCGCUUGUGCCGCCAGAUGUCAUUAUGAAGGAGCUGCGAGAGGGGUGGGAGAGCGCUUCUGACGCUGACAAACAAGCUGAGCGAAGGAGAGCGCGGAGUAAGGAACGGGAACGAAAAAUGAAGCGUCGAAGAGACCGGGAGAGAGGGCUUAACAAGGACUCAAGCGUGGGCGCUCAAACUGAGUAUGAGGUGGAGGUCAUGUUUGGCUCGGAGAAAGAGGGUACCAGUGGUGUCAGCAAAAGCAUAGUCUACGACGACGACGGCAUAAGGAUAACGCCCAUACGUGUCAAACGACGAGGCUCCGGGAGUCGGAAGAAGAAGAAGAAGGACAAAGUAGCGGCAGCGGAGGUGCAGACCGACAAUGACGGCGGCGGAGGCGUGAAGGUUGAGCCCGAAACCGAGGUUGAGGAAGAUGGCGGCGGUGUGAAGGUAGAGGUUAAGGCCUGGGAACAGGACGAUGGAAUCCGAAUAUACACCACCAAGCCCAAGACUCCCAUACCAAAAACUCCAGUCUUCGCAAGGGUCCAGGGGGGCACCCGCCAGAAUUCGGUCCGGAAGGGUGAGAAGAGCGUCCGCGCACGGAAGGAAGAGUUCGAGGCGGAGAUGAGACGGGAGAGGAAGGCCACGAAGGAGUUCGAGGGGUUGGUCAAACAGCAAGAGGCAGAUGAGGCCGAGGAGAAGCUCAAAGAGGAGAGGUUGGAACGCGCCAAGGGAUACGAAGAAGCAACCUCUCCCAAGGACGGUUCGAAUAACAACAUUGAAGGUUCCACAAUUGUAGGGGACACUGAAUCGGCAAAGAAGAAGUGGGAAGAAUUCAACGAUGAUGAUGGCAUCCGGGUCAAGCCAUUGAAGAAGGGGCGCCGAAAGAAGGGCGCCUCAUCGGAAAAGCUGAAGAGUGAAAGGGAGGCCAGCAUCCCCGAAGAAAGCAUCGCAGGAUCAGAGACGGAGAUGGAACAGGAAAAGCUAGAGGAACAGCGGCGGAGGGAACGUGAACUCGCUGAGAUUGAGAGCGAGCGUCUACGCCAGCAACGCCAAAAGGAUAGAGAGAAGCUUGAGAGGGAGCGUCAACGUGUGCGUGAGCUCGAGAAGCUGGAGCAGGUCCGUUCACGUGAGCGUGAAAACGAAAGGCUUGAAAUGGAGCGUGAAUUGGAGAUAGAGAGAGCGGAGAAGGAACGUCUGCACCAAAUCGAGCUGGACAAACUUGAGAAGGAGAGAAAACGCCAACGGGAACUCGAAAAAGCGCUGGAGAAGGAAAAAGUAAAAAGGGAGAAAGAAAAGAUACGGCUGCGUGAGAAGGAGCGAGAAAUGGAGGCAGAACGAAAACGUGAACGGCAGCGGAUGAAGGAAAGAGAAAAAGAAUUGGAGAGAGAACGAGAGAGGGAAAAGGAAAAAAUGAAGGAGAAGGAAAGGCACCGUGAAAAAGAGAGAGAGCGAGAGCGGGCACAGGAGCGCGAAAGAGAGAAAGAAAUGGAGAGGGAGAGGGGACUUUUACGUGCCAAAGAAAAGGAGCUAGAGCGCGAGAGAGAGCGUGAGAUAAGGCGGGUGAGGGACAUGGAAAAUCAACGGGAGAUGGAACGGCAAAGGGAAAGGGAAAUGGAAAAAGAGAUGCAGAGACGAAGGAACGAAAAACGUAGGAGGAGGGAAUCUGAAAGGCAGAGGCCUGCUGGUUCCGGAUCCGAAUUGGAUGAAGAUUCUGCAUCAGAGCCUGAGUCCGCGCCCUUCAAGAGUACAAAAACAACUCCCAGGCCUCGAACCCCCGAAGAUCCAUUAUUGGAAUUUCUCAGGAAGGCGGCAAAACGAGGUAGCCCACGUCUUGCAAAAGAUAGGAGCUCUCUCGACGAUAAGAGCGAACAAACAUCUCAUAGAGACUCGACCCCACCCCUUGAAUCUCCGAAGCGGUGGGAGUCACGGAAAGAGAAGAAAUCGAGAAGUGCCUCCGCUACGCCAACACCGAGUACUCCGUCUCCCAAACCAGCUGAGGAGAAUUCCCCACCCCCAACUCCGGGCUUUGCAAAUGAAGACCCCCCCGAAACCCCUACCAUUCCUAAUAGACCGAAGAGAACUAAAACUAAGAGCAAGAGUUCGAUUCAUCCUCCAGAAGCAGAUAAACCCACUGGUAUAUCAUCUAGGUCGGUUUCCUCUCAAGAAGACGUAUCAUUGAAGGCGAAACAACCAAGUGUGAGGUCCACAUCUCAAUCUCAACUAGACGAGGAUUCCACCCUCAAGGAUACAACGGAAGAAAGGCCAUCUACUGCUCGGUCAGAUGGAUCUUCUAGAUCAUCACAAUCAUCUAUACUUCCCGUCAAUACUCUCCCGCCGAUGCCUUUGAGCCCGCCAGCUGUAAAGCCUCUUAAUCUUUCGCCUAAAAAGAAAAAGAGUGAUAGCGGGAACCUUCUACCAAAGGUUUCGUCAGCAGCUAGCUCCUUCUUCAAAGCCGUUAAAGAAGAGUUUCAAGCUGCUUCUGCGCGGGCCAAUGAACCAUCUUCAUCUUCAUCUUCAAGCGAUUCUUCGAGUGAUGGUGAAAGUAUAACAGAUGUUAUGGAACGUCGGACAGAAGCGCCAACUAGGGAAAAAUCUGUGUCCAGGCCAAAGAAAGAGGAUACCGAAUCGGAAUCGGAGUCCGAGUCGGAUACAGAAUCUGAGCCGGAGGUAGAAGUCAAAGAGAAGGUAAAGGCAGAUGAAAAGAAACCGGAGGUAAAGGAGGAAGAGCCGGAAACACCCGAAGAGAAACCGGUAUCAAGGUCUUCAUCGCUGAAGAAUAGCCUCAAACUUCAAGAUAUUCCAUCACUUCCCUUCCCACGGAGAAGUAUUCGCAACUCUACCUCCCCACCCAGACCUAAAAGCCACAACCGGUCGCGUACCGAAGGAUCGAUCAAAUCCACUCGUUCUGUUUCUCAAGAUUCGGCCUCUAUGGUUGGGUCUGAACAUGCGAGAACGAUUUCACUUUCUUCCGUAGCUACAGUUAAGCCUUUAAAUAUUACGCCAAGACCAACUCCCGUACUAAAGUUUGAUCCUGUUUCUCCCCCUCCCCAGCCAAAGCCACAGAAGAGACAUGUGGAGGUGCAGUCUAUCUCGGAGAAGGAUGCCCAAGAAGAGACCUACACACCAAGUAUCCUCUCGAAAGGUGGCAGUUUGAAACGCAAGUUCACCAAACAUGAAGACCUUAUCUCCAUCCUCUCGGCGCCAAAGCCUGGCAAAAGUCUCCGAUCUGCGGCCCGGUCCAGGAGCCACCGUACCAAGGCCAAGAAGGCAAACAGAAAAGUUUCUACACUCACUGUCACUGACCUUAUGGAUGAGAUUGCAGCAGAAGAGGUGAGGUAUAUGAGGGAGCUUCGAACAUUGGUUGAAGAUGUUGUUCCUGUGCUUUUUGCAACUGUCCUCGAGCGGGCCGAUGAUGUGGUAAGGAGGAGAUCCUUAAACCGUGGUCGUGGCCAUGAGUAUAGUCCUUGGAAUGCAUUUGGAGCAAAUCCAACCCGACCAAUAGUGGACAUGGGUAUCUCCCUUGAACGCCUUAAAACCAUGCAUGAAAAGAUGCCGAAGAACCCAGAUGAUCUUCUCAUUUGGGCCAGAGACGUAAAGAAGGUAUAUGAGGAGUACUUGACUGUUUGGCGCAUGGGAUUCCAGGAUGUAGUCGUGACUCUAGUUUCCCAUGUUGAAGAGGAGUUCAACGAUGAGGCCUCUCAAAAACAAAGAGAUGAUGCUGCAAGGAAGGACUUGGAGCUGCUUUACAGCUUCGGGGUAGCUCCACUCACCCCUUCUCCAUUUGAGGGUGAUCCUUCAACCUGGGCCAUGCCACCUCCACCACCUCCAGAGCCCGAGGAAGAGGAGGAGAAGGUUGAUGUAGCGUUCUUACUGAAGAGACCUCUUGUAAGGUUGAAGAUCUUGGCAAAGCUUUUCAAGCGAAUCAACAUGCUUUGCCCUUCUCCACUUGCGGUCUCGCUCUCAUCUUCAUUUCAUUCGUUGGUCACCAUGGCCCGCCGGAAGAUCGCUGAAGAGAAGGCACGCAUUGAAGAUGAGGCAGCGGCUUCAAUAGACGUUGACAAGGCAUGCGACAUAUACAGCUUACUGACCAAACCCGACGUUUAUUUGGAUCCAUCCAAACGUGUUCGGGCACGUGAUAGCUUCUGGAUGAAACUUUAUCAUUCCUCUGGGCGUGUGAUACAGAGGAGUGUUGAAUUGAUUCUCCGGGACCCAGCUGUGAAGGGCAGACCACAUGGAGGCGAAAUUCUUAUCUGUGAAUUUGGUGCUGGUGCGGAAAAGUGGAUGCUCUUUACACCUAUCCCCCUUGCUGCCAUUUCUGCGAGGACAGGUGAUGCAGCUGGCGAAAUCGUUGUGAUGGUUAGAGGGGCCGUGGGAACGCAGGAUGAGUGGAAGCAGAUUCUUGUUUUGCAGUCUGCCACAGCGGCAGGCUUUGAGUGGGUCCAGAUGCUGGGUCUCAUGCCUGUUCCACCAGAGGGGCCAUUUGGGGCGGAGGUUCAUAAACCUACUGUCCUUGAAACGGUUAUCGAAGAAUCAACCAUUGCCUCCGCUUCACGUAUGAACACACCUGCUAUCAGUCAACAAGGAAAGCCCGCCAUUGAUGUUUUUGCAUUUAUGGAGCCGGAGGGCGAGGAGGAAGACGGCAAGGACGACAACGACAACGAACCCAAACCCGAAGACGACAACGCUGAGGACCCUGAACCUCGGCCGUUGUCUGUCAGGCCGUUAUCUGUCAGGCCGUUAUCGGUUACACCCUCCACCAAAUCCUCAAUCCCCAGAUCCGAGAACGCCUUUGGGGUACCCACUCCCGAGUUUAAGCCAGCAGAAGCACCACCUCGGCCGCUUUCGCUUCCUCCGGAUUUUGCUGUGACACCUAUCACUCCGGGCGGCUAUAACUUCUUGGGAGGAUUUUUCCAGGUGGUCAACGUUAAUGCUGACGGAACGGAUAGAGAGCCUGAUGAGAGCCACAUCUUACUUGCAUCGCCUCUGAAGCAUUCACCAUCCCUGCAUACCUUGUCGGACUCGGCGAGAGCUGCCCAAAAUGAGAAUAGGCGUUCUGUUUCUGGUUCUAGCAUUCAGCGGUCUCGCAAGGCCAGCAAGCCAAUUACUCCAAGACGUCCGUCUGUGGUUAGUCUUGAGGAAGUUCAUGAUGAACGCCCGAGAUCUCCGAGCCCGCCGCCAGAACCCAGGGCUUUCGAUACUCCGAGAACUCUCAACCGGAUGCGCUCUAUUCAUCUCGAUGACGAGGAACGACCAAAGGCUUUGAGGAUAACCAAAUCUUCGUCUUUGGAAAACAUUCCAGACCUCUCUCCUAGCCCAGAAACGCCAAGCGAAGAGAUUGAGGAGUCAGACGCUCCCCCGCCAGUUCCGGCUCAUAAGUCCAAGAAAUCUCGCACACCUGUUGCUGCGGAACCUCCAGUCUCUUCUACUCGAUCGGGUGCCCCACGGCGCCGGACAUCGAGCCCUCUCAAGCAUGAGUAUGACCCCUCUUCUCCUUCGGGCUCUGAAGCCGAAGUCGAUGAAGAUGAGGAGAUAGAGGAGAUAGGAGAGGCGAAGAUAGUUGUAGUAGAUGCAGUGGAAAGAGUGGAACCUGAGACUGGAGAGCCGACUACGCAGGAAGAAGGUUCCUCUGGGACCUCGUCCUCUUCUUCUGAAGAUGAGGAUUCUGAUGAUGCGGUGUCGAUCUGUUCCGAGGAAGAGGAUGGCGAAUAUCCUCCGCCUAUGCUUUCAAUCCCUAGGCGCGUCUCGAAACAGCCGUCCAGUCUCGUUCAGUCGCCAAGGCAGCGGCCUUCUUCAGUAUCGUUAGACAGCACCCCAACUAUCGCGACGACGGCAACUGCUGCUACCUUGCAGGCGCCAGUCCCGACGUUGAAGUUCCGAGCUUCAGUGUUCUCAUGGGCCACCAGUACAUGGGAAAAAGUGCAUCCGACCGAGUGCAGGAUCCUUAUAACGCCUGGACGUAUUGAAGGUAUUCCUUACUCGGCGCCCUCGCCGCCAGGAACCCCGAGCUCUCAAGGUUCCCUUAAAGACAUCAAGAAGCCGUCCGACACCAGUUUGGAGUCGUGCAUGACAAUUUUCAAUAUCGAACUCACUCCCAUCACUCCUGUACGACGUGGAACGGCGGUCGACAUCUCAAUCCGUACACCAAAGAACUCCAAGUUCGGCGGAACGAGUCUUAUGCUACGAUGCCGUUCUCCCACGGAGUGUGAGAAUUUGUACAAUGCUAUCAAUCUUAACAGAAUCUACCCGGCCAACUUUCAACCCCCGUCGACUUUAUUGAGCACACUCACGGUAUCCGAGUCGAGUGAGACCUCAACUGGCGACAACACUAGUGUCAAGCGAGGUUGGGGAAGUUGGGGUAGGUCAAAGACUUACCGUAAUGGGACUUCUAGCGUCCCGGGAAGUGUCAUCUCUGGUCAAUCCGGUCAAUCGGGCCAAUCUGAGAGCAGCAACUCUUCAGUUUUUGGACGAUUCCUUCAGAAGAAUGGCAUGUUGAAGAGCUCCCAGCUUGGCUCUAUGGCAUCAAUCUCAUCUGCUAGCUCUAAUGGCGAUGGCUCCCGCACUGUCGUGCUCGAUGGGGAUCAGAUCUUCAAGAUCCGUCUGUACCGCCGCGAGAAUGCAUCCAAGUGGAGGGAUCUUGGCAACUCGAGGCUCAGUAUCAUGAAGCCUCCGUCAAAUCACAAGCGCCACAAUGCUACCGGCGACGAAAAGAGGAUUAUUGCAACCAACAAGAAGGGCAACGUUGUCUUACUAGACGUGGUACUGGGAGAAUCAUCGUUUGAGAGGGUUGCGAGAACGGGUAUUGCGGUAAGCGUGUUAGUUCCCGAAGGAGAAGAGAAUGGCACGGGUGUUCCCGGGGAUGUGGGAGGCCUUGGUGCCAAGAGUGUUGUCUAUAUGAUGCAGAUGAAGGGUGAAGUGGAGGCGUCGUACGUCUUCUCGAUUGUCGGGAAGUUGAGAUAUUAG